AUGCUGUCCCCGUGCACCCGCAGGAUCUCAUCUCCACUCCUCGCCUCCCUCUCCCACUCCCGCUUCCACUCCCACCAGCGCGAGUACCGGGGCAGUCCACUCGCCCCUCGUCUCCCUCCUCCUCCUCUCAGGUGCUUCCGCGGGAGUCCUCCGCCUGCGGCCGCGGCGGGGGCGGUGGCGACGAUGGCCGCGCCCGUCGGGGAGAUGGUCUGGGUGCCCGUGCUGGAGGAGGGGGUGUUCCGGUUCGACGCGUCGGAGGAGGCGCGGUCCGCCGCCGGGCCCAGCCUGUCGUUCGUCGAGCCGCGGCGGCGGGAGGAGCCGCGCGAGGGCGGGGAUCGUCCCGCGGUCGUGCCGGCGUGCGAGGUGGCGGGGAACGUCCAGAAGGUUGUGAUUAAGCUUCCUUCUGGGACGUCUUUCUACGGUACAGGAGAAGCUAGUGGUCCACUUGAACGAACUGGGAAACGAGUUUUCACUUGGAACACAGAUGCAUGGGGUUUUGGGCCAGGGACCACUUCAUUAUAUCAAUCACACCCUUGGGUGUUGGCUGUCCUCCCUGACGGGAAGGCAUUCGGCGUCCUAGCUGACACCACACGACGAUGUGAAAUUGACUUGAGACAAGAAUGUACUAUCAAGUUUUCUGCCCCAUCUGCUUACCCUAUCAUUACUUUUGGACCAUAUAAUUCUCCAGCUGAAGUUACGAUGUCAUUGUCCCAUGCAAUAGGGACUGUGGCCAUGCCCCCAAAAUGGUCUCUUGGCUAUCAUCAAUGUCGUUGGAGCUAUGAUUCUUCUGAGAAAGUACUCAAGGUUGUCAGAACUUUUAGAGAGAAAGGCAUUCCUUGCGAUGUGAUUUGGAUGGAUAUUGAUUAUAUGGAUGGUUUUAGAUGCUUCACAUUUGAUGGUAACCGUUUUCCUGAUCCGAAAUCUAUGGCUGAUGAUCUCCAUUCCAUCGGUUGCAAAUCAAUCUGGAUGCUUGAUCCAGGAAUCAAGAAAGAGAAGGGUUACUUUGUAUAUGAUAGUGGUUCAGAAACUGAUGUUUGGAUUAAAAAGGCAGAUGGCAGUCCAUUCAUUGGCGAGGUAUGGCCCGGUGAUUGUGUUUUUCCUGAUUUUACCUGUGAAAGAACACGCACCUGGUGGGCUAGUUUGGUCAGGGAUUUUGUCUCCAAUGGCGUUGAUGGAAUAUGGAAUGAUAUGAAUGAGCCUGCUGUCUUCAAAACAACUACAAAAACAAUGCCGGAAAGCAAUAUACAUAGAGGCGAUGCAGAUAUUGGUGGUGUCCAGAAUCAUUCUUACUAUCAUAAUGUCUAUGGAAUGCUAAUGGCAAGGUCUACAUAUGAAGGAAUGGUGAUGGCUAGUACAGACAAACGACCAUUUGUUCUUACACGAGCUGGUUUUAUAGGAAGCCAGCGUUAUGCUGCAACAUGGACUGGUGAUAAUCUGUCAAACUGGGAGCAUAUGCAUAUGAGUCUGCCAAUGGUUCUUCAAUUGGGUCUUAGUGGUCAGCCACUGUCAGGUCCUGAUAUUGGUGGGUUUGCUGGAAAUGCCACUCCAAAACUUUUUGGGAGAUGGAUGGGAGUUGGUGCAUUGUUUCCAUUUUCACGUGGUCAUUCUGAAACUGGAAGCAUUGACCAUGAGCCAUGGUCCUUCGGUGAAGAGUGUGAGGAAGUUUGUCGUCUUGCGCUGCUAAGACGGUAUCGCCUACUGCCACAUAUCUACACUCUAUUUUACCUUUCACAUAAGAAGGGUGCUCCAGUUGCUGCUCCACUUUUCUUUGCUGACUCACAAGACCCAGGAUUGAGGAAAAUAGAGACUUCCUUUCUCCUGGGACCACUUUUAAUCUGCGCAAGCACUUCACCUGAUAAAGGUGCUCAUGAAUGUGCACAUAAGUUGCCGAAGGGUGUUUGGUCACGUUUUGAUUUUGGAGAUUCACAUCCUGAUCUGCCGGUGAUGUAUUUACAGGGUGGAGCCAUACUUCCUGUAGGCCGUCCUAUUAAGCAUGUUGGUGAAGCAAGUUUAGAUGAUGAUUUAUCACUAAUUGUUUCACUAGAUGAAAAUGGUAAAGCUGAAGGUGUCCUAUUCGAAGAUGCUGGGGAUGGGUACGGGUUCACACAGGGGAACUACCUUUUGACAUAUUAUGUUGCCCAAGUCCACUCAUCAGUGGUUUCUGUGAAAGUUCUGAAAACCGAAGGAUCCUGGAACAGACCAAAACGUAACUUAAACAUAAGUAUAUUACUUGGUGGAGGUGCUAUGGGUUUUAAUGACUUUUUGCGAACUCAGAUAAGUUCACAUGGUGUCGAUGGCGAAGAACUACAUAUUACGAUGCCUUCGGGGUCUGAAGUGUCCAGCUUAGUCGCAACAAGUGAACUUGAGCUCAAGAAACGUUUGGAGAUGAUUUCGCCUAUACCUGAUAUAGAUGAACCGUCAGGACAGGAAGGUGCUGAACUCUCAAAAAUACCUAUUGAUUUGAAGAGCGGGGACUGGCUGCUUAAGGUUGUACCAUGGAUUGGUGGUCGUAUUAUUUCGAUGACACAUCUUCCUACUGAUUCCCAGUGGCUUCAUAGCAGGAUUGAAAUAAAUGGUUAUGAAGAAUACAGUGGGACUGAAUAUAGGUCUGCUGGGUGCACAGAAGAGUACAAAGUCGUUAGGAGGUAUCUUGAGCAAUCAGGAGAGGAGGAAUCUAUUUGUUUGGAAGGUGAUAUUGGGGGUGGUCUUGUUCUUCAGCGCCACAUAUCCAUUUUGAAAGACAACCCAAAGAUUGUUCAGAUUAACUCUAGCAUUCAAGCAAGAAGUGUUGGAGCUGGCUCUGGUGGGUUUUCAAGGUUGGUAUGUUUGCGAGUUCAUCCUACUUUCACCCUUCUGCACCCAACAGAGGUGGUUGUUGCUUUUACGGCCAUCAAUGGCUCAAAGCAAGAGUUCUCUCCAGAAUCUGGAGAAGUGACAUUAGAGGGAGACCUCCGGCCAAACGGGGAAUGGAUGCUAGUGGACAAAUGUGUAGGGGUGAGCUUGGUAAAUACUUUUGAUCCCAGUCAGGUUAGCAAAUGCUUGGUACAUUGGGGAACAGGUGAUUUGAACAUGGAGCUUUGGUCGGAGGAAAGGCCAGUUUCCAAGGACACGCCGUUGACAAUUUGCCACCAGUACGAGCUGAGACAAACAUGCUAA